AUGUCGAAAGAAACAGCGUCUAUGAGAGAAAUACAACACAACCGACAACUCAUUAUACAAGCUCUAAAUAAGAACACAACAAACUUUUCAAACUAUUCUAAGAUAUCUGAGUCAUUGAAAGAAGGAAACUUAAAACUGACAAUGAACCCAAUGACAGAUGAGUUUCUGUUUCAAGACAAUAAGAACCAUACUGUCUGUAUAAAUCCAACAAAAGGAACUUUAAACGAGAAACCUAUAAAAGAACUUCUUUUGAAAGCAGAUGUUGACAACAAAGCUGACAAAGAGUAUGUCAUUGAAAAAGUUCAAGAAGAACAUGACAGAGCAGAUGCAACAUAUGCAACAAAAGAACAUACUCAUCCUGAACUAGCAGACAAAACAUAUGUUGACAAUAAAAUGUCAAGUGAAGUGACAAGAGCUGAAAACGAAUAUUCUAAAAAGACUCAUACACAUACCAUUGCAAAUAUUACAAACUUACAAGAAACCUUAAACAGGAAAAGUGACGUUGGACAUACACAUACCAUUGCAAAUAUUACAAACUUAAACGUUAGCCUUGAAAAGAAAGCAGAUAAAACUUAUGUCAACAGUGAGUUAGAGGAGAAAGUAGAUAGGGGUUGUAUGGCUAGUGCGUUAGUGAAGAAGGCAGAUAAGGAAUAUGUGGAUGAAAAAGACAAUGAAAUUAAAGAAAGGGUUGAAUUGUACCAUGAACGGACAACAAAGAUUUUAAAAACUAAAGCUGAUACAGGAUGGGUUUCAGGAUGUUUAGACCUUAAAGCGGAUAAGAACCAUACACAUACAAGUUUUACAACUUUUACAGCAGACGACAUAGUAUUGAACUUUGACCUUGGUUCAAGUGCACCUUCAGAGAAUCCGAGUACAAGCGUAAAAGAUACUCUUAACAAUUUAGAUAACAGUUGCAGGAACAUUGAAGAGCAUGCCAGAAACUUUGAAGCAUAUGAACUACCAACAAUGUUAGAUAAGAAAGCUGACAAAACAGAGCUUCAAACAUUAAAGACAGAAAUACUUCAAACAGUAUAUCCUAUAGGUUCUAUUUAUACGUCAAUGAACUCUACCAGACCAGAAGUAGUACUUGGUUUUGGAACUUGGACUCAAAUAGUCGACAGGUUUUUGUAUUGUGCAAACUCUUCAAAGGAAACAGGUGGAAGUAAAACGAUUUCAGGUGAAAACUUACCUGCACACAGUCACUACAUAGAUUUAAGUACAUCUCAAGCAGGUUGGCAUAAGCAUAGAUUUUGGGAUUGGUCAGCAAUGACAAAAGGUAAAGGAUAUGAUGUUAAAGACAACGUUCAGUUUGCUAUAAAUUGUUUCUGGGGUAACACACAGGGAGAAGGAAACCAUACACAUCGCGUUUCAGGGUAUACGCAAACAACGGGACAAAGUAAAGACUACAUGCCACCUUACAUGACAGUUUACGCAUGGUAUAGAAAUGCUUAG